AUUGUAUAUGUAAAUAAAAGAAGAACAAGUACAAAAUUGUAAAAAAUGUUUGAUAAAAGAAUGACUAGAGAUACAUCAAAAUUUCCUCCGCCCAUUAUUUACUCAAACGACGUUCAAGUUAACUUAGGCAAGGCGCCAUGUGUAGUACCUGUGAAACGCCUAACUUUUGGAGACAUGAUCCUUAUCAAGGGUUUUGUACGUGAUAAUUGUAAAAGGUUAGUUUCAAUUUCACAUCUCUGACAGCUGGAGACAUUAUACCUUAUAGAAUAGGAGAAAGGUACACUUUUUUUUUGAAUAGAGCUAUAUUUUUUUUUAAAUGAUAAAUGGCCACUGGACACUAUCUAUAGAGAUUGAAUAGCUUUCGAUAAUUAAUAAUAAAAUUCAAUUUUUUUUUCGAAGUAAAAAGCUAUAGGAAACUCAUUUUAAUGCAAAACACAGAUUUGCGAUCAAUUUACAAGUGAAACAUAAGAGUGAAGACAUGAUUGAAACUUAUUUGCAUAUCAAUUGUCGGUUCGAUCAAAAAUGCUUUAUCUUGAAUACCCAAUUAAAUGGUUUUUGGGGAGAUGAAGUUGAAAUAAAGCCCGGUGGUAUUAUCAGAACUGAUUCGGAAUUUAGUUGCGCAAUUGGAAUUGUAGAAGGAGAAUAUCGGAUCGCCUUUAAUCGACGUAGUAUAGGAUGCUUCUUCCAUAAAUUACCGUUUGAGAAAAUUAAUCAAAUAGAAUUCGUAGGUGAAAUAAAUAUUUCAUCUAUAGCCGUACAAGCUGAUUGCAACAAUCAAUUAUACAACGGUGUACCGUUUUUACCUGAUAACCUUGAGGGACUUCCGCCUGAAAUAUCUACCAAUCCGCCAAUAUCUGCUUUUUACCCGGCAGUGCCCUUUCGAAAACUUUUGCCUAGACCACCAUCUGAUGGUUCUUCUUUAUACGUUUCUUUGAUACCUAAAACUGAGGCCGUCCGCUUUGAGAUAAAUUUUCAUUGCAAUUCUACGGAAGAUAGCGAAGAUACAUCAGAGACGAACUCGAAGGAAAUUGCGUAUCACGCGAGCUUUCGAGUUAAAGAACGUUGUAUUGUCCUAAAUAGCUGGGAAAAUUCCAAGUGGCAAACUGAAUUGCGAGCAGACUUCAGAGUUAUUCCUGCUGUUCAUUUAGAUAUUCUCAUUUUUUGCGAGUCUAGGCAGUUUAGGACAUGCAUAAAUGGAGAACACUUAAUCGAUUUUCCCCACCGAUUACCAAUGGAUCGUAUCAAUUCAGUGGAGAUUAGUGGAGAUACCAAGCUUGUUCAUGUUCGAGCAAUAUGGUAA